AAUUAAAAGAGUCGAAAUGUGCCAACCUAAGUCAUAUUCGGUAAUUUUAUUCGUCAUACUUCUAUGUGGUGCGCUUGCUACACCAACACUUGGGGAUACCAGCAGCGAUGUAUUUAAACGAAUGCAACAGUCGUCAAUAGUCUUUGGCUUGACAACAAUCAGCCAUUCGGAUAUGGUUAGCGCCAGGUGUCACGAACAGCUGCAGGAUAUGCAAAAGGGUAUACUGCAGCAACAGCCAUGGGCAGUGAAAAUGUAUGACGCCUCAGGAUCGAGGGAAUCAGGCUUUAUAACUGGCAAUGGCCUCUGGCUAGGUAGCCGCGACACUUGUGACGCCGUCAAAAAGCCAAUUAAUCUUAGAAUAUCGAAACACAUACCACACAUAAUGAAUCCGAAAAUCAUCACGGACACCGCGCCAUUCUCCACCGAUUUCCGCGUCGUCCAUAUGUGGCACAAUUCUAGUUGGCAAAUUGAUCCAGUAUUUCCAUACUAUGAACCACGCGUCAGUUUAGGUCUUUGCUUGCCCAGCUCUUGCACCAUCUCCGAGAUAAGGCAACUAAUGUCUACUUAUGUUGAGAGCGAAAUAUUUAUGGCCAACGAUUUUUAUAACACGCGUGUACGCGUGGAAAGAGUGACGGAUCUUAAACUGCGACCUGGUUUCUUUACACGACCAUCAUCGCUAAUUUUUGCGACUUCGUGGGUUUUGACUCUGAUACUGACAUUAUGGGCUUUAGCGCGACGCAUGAAGAGAAGUAGUGAAGACGCUAAUGUUAUUGAAAGUGAGGACAAGUUUGCGGAUGGUACGGUCCCGAAGCGUGAUUCGAAUGCACAACAGUUAAGUGAAAGAGGAUUUAUUGAUUGCUUUGAAGUACAAAACAAUUGGCGAUUGCUAUUUCCAUCGGAGGCGGCUGGUCAGAUGAACAGCAUUUCUGCAGUGAAUGGCUUACGGUUUUACGGUGCAAUGGCCGUCACGUUAUUCCAUCUACUCUGUAUCAGCUAUUUGGCGACGGGCAAUAAGUCGCAACAUCAUAAAGUCACGGAUAAACUGGGAAAUUUUGACGUCUUCGUGGAUUUGUUCUUUACAAUGAGUGGCUUCCUGCAAGUGUAUCAUUUUUUUCGAAACACCAAAACAAUUGAAGCAAUACGAAGAUCUAAUUUAUUACAAAAUACGAAACUGGUCCUCCUGCACCUAUUCCAUCGGUUGCUUAGAUUGGGCCCACUUUAUGUAAUCGCUACCUGCCUGGCCGAUGCUGGAUCUCUUAUGAUUGAUGACUUAACAGUUUUCCACUUCAGUUAUCGGUUGUAUGAGAAGUGUGAAUUGUAUUGGUGGCGUAAUGCUCUAUUCAUACAAAAUCUUUUCAAUCACGAAGACUUGUGCGUGUUUUGGACCUGGUCAUCAGCAUGUGAUAUGCAAUUUUUUAUAUUAAGUACAAUUUUGCUCAUCACCUAUGUUAGACACCCGAAAUCUGCAAUAGCACUUAUCUUAUCCAUCACAGCAGUCAAUUUGGCGUAUACAUUUUACAUUGGUACGACAAUGAAUUUCGAAUAUUCGCUCGAAACCACAACGACACUCUUCACCGAACUCUACAUGAAUCCGCUGUCACGAGUUUUCGCUUAUAUAAUUGGCGGCGUGGCUGCCUGGUUCUUCGUACAAAAUCAGCAGCAUAAACUCUAUUCGCAAUUCUUUCAGAAUCAGUCGUUACUGGAAUUUCUCGGCUAUUUAGCGGUUAUAUUUUUCUUCACUUGCAGUUUUGCAACAAUCGAACCAGGCUAUUCGGUAUUUUUCUAUGUUGUGUUUUUGGUGGUGCAACGUCUGCUAUUUUCAGCCAGUGUUUGUUGUAUGAUAUUUGCAAAUGCCUUCGGUAGUGUGAAAUGGUUCUUUCGCGUACUGGAAAACCCUAUUUUCAACAAAUUCAACCAAAUCACCUAUGCUAUGUUCCUGACGAAUCCUAUGUGCGUUUCGCUAGCCACGGCGUUCGGCAAUGCGGGACUCUAUACGAGUCCCCUGCGAUUGAUUGUUGAUUACAUUGGCCACUGUGCUGUGCUUUACUUCACCUGCACAAUUUUCAGCUUGUUUUUCGAAGUGCCAUAUAAGAAUAUUUCAAAGCUGAUGUUACAGCGACUCAAAUCGAAAACGAGCUAAGGAAUUGUUGCGAGUUAAAGCUGUGAUUGAUUUCAGUUUAAGAAAAAAUAUAUGUGCGUAUAGUAUAUACAUACUUAUUGUAAUAGUUAAGAUAUUUUUACAGAGAAAUAUAUUAGGCAAUUAAAAAAUAUAAAUAAUUUCGUAUCGAAAAUUA